AUGCUUGGCAACGGGAAGAAAAACUACGUCGAUACCGCAUCACUUCUGAAAUUCUCCAGCUAUGUUGUGGUUCUGUUCCGAGUGAUGGCUGGAACGACUGCUGCUGAUCCAGAGCCGGUAACUAUUCAUCUGGACGAAAAGCAUGCGGAGGCUUCGGAGGUCUCCAAAAUCUGGAUUCAGACCGGUGAGGUUGAGGUCUACCGAGCCCCCGCCUCGGAAACCAAGACGAAUAUUCUCGUUAGCGAUAAGGAAGGCAUCACCAGUCUCGAGAACGAUACCGUGGACCGCGUUUCCAACAUGUACGAGGAGAGGGCCGAAGUGCCCGGCGGUCAAGUCCCACUCUACAACAUUCAAGAUAUUGGUGCCAACAGCUACCCGCGGACACCCCUCCGCCGCUUCGUGGCUGGUGCGAUCUGCCUUGCCCUGUCGAGCGCGACCCUGACCCAGGCCAUUCAGAUGGGGCGGAUCACAGACGAUCUCGGUCUCAGCCUCGCUAUCGAAUCAUUUAAGCGAAGCGAGAAAUAUGUUGCAUCUUUGCCUCUCUGGUCGUUGAUGCCCGAGAAGGACCAUGUGCUCGAUCCGAACAACGAUGAGGUGAUCAAGAAGCUGGAGAAUCAGUUCAAAGCAGCCUGGGAAGCCUUUCCAGACGUGAGGAGCACCUAUGGAACCUAUCGAUUGGUAGUCCAGAAAUGUAAAUCCAUAACCCCCGCUACGAGGUAUCAUCAAAAAUUUCAGCUGUUUCCCCCGGCGAGCGAGAUAGAAAGCCAACACCCCAUCCAUUCCCGUCCCGAUAACGCCAACACUCCAAUUCAAAACCGCGGACGCGAAAUAUGCCUAACUCAUGCUCGCUCUUCCAUCCUUGAACCAAAUUUGCAAAUGCAGAUCGGCAAAGAGCAGAGAGCUGCAGCAGAAGACGACGACGACCUUGCACGUCUGAGCUUCCGGAAACGAACCAAAGUUGAAAGGCACCAAAUCGCAGAUCUCAAGCUGGCCAUGGCCCAGCGAAACUCAUUGAGAUAG